GCACGGCACAAACACAAAACAAUUCCACGCCACGCCGCCCAAACAAAAGCUCACACGAAUUAGUGACAUUUGAAAACUGCUAAUAUAAGCGAUGCAACAAGUACCGCCCAAGCGGGCGGGCGGGCGGCGCUCACUUCAGUACCGUCGCGACCAUGGCAACGGACGGACGUACGAAGCGUUCGCAGUCGAUAUGCGCGCCCUCCUCCGCGAGUAUGGAAGCCCUGGCGGCGCCCAUGGAGACUACGCCCGCUCCUCGGCGACGACCAGCUACAAGAUCCCAGUCCGCGCGAAUAACUGGUGGCCGUUCAGUCAGGCAACGAAGACAACAGCAGCAACAGUUGGAUAGAGAAACCAGAGCGCGGUACAGUUCUGAACCGCGGUUAGCUGAAGCCGAAACUCCACCACAAGUGAGGAGGCAGGCGUCCGCCCGCCGGCGUCCGCCUCCAGGGCAGCACAGCCAGCCGAGACGCUCCAACGCGUUCCUAGAUGUGCCGAGGACCACUCACCAGCCAGAGGAAGAGCCAGACGAGGAUUCGUACAGACUACGCACAUUCAACACCACACAGAAAGGAGGUAUCGUGAACCGAGGGGAUUCGUUUCGCCGCCGCCGCUCUCGCUCGGGUAGCCUGGCGCCCGCGUCGCCUGCACAGUCGGCCCCCGAGUGCCAGGAGCGUCGGCCCGUGGCGUGCCACAGGGUUGCCAUGGUGGGCGCACAGGGCGUGGGCAAGACCGCACUCAUCAGCCAGUUCCAGACCAGCGAGUGUAUCAAUGCCUAUGACAGACAAAAUGUCGACAGCACAGAAGAAAAGGUGUCCAUUAUGCUGAACGGGGAGGAAUCUGAGCUGUAUUUCGUUAACUGCACAAGCACUAAGGAAGAAAUUGACCGCGCCGAACCGCCAGACGCCUUCGUAGUGAUAUACUCGGUGAUAGACAAGGCGUCCUUCCAGAAAGCGGAGCAAGAACUCGCCAGGCUGCUCGACUGUGACAUGCUGAGAGCGAGACCAGCUUUGUUGGUCGGCAAUAAGAUCGACUUGGCACGAAGCAGAGCUGUUUCUACGCAAGAUGGUAAAUGUCUCGCGUGCACCUACAAAGCGAAGUUCAUAGAAGUAUCAGUUGGCAUCAACCACAACGUUGACGAGCUACUUGUUGGUAUCCUCAACCAGAUACGGCUGAAGAAGCAGCAGUACUCCGCCGAGGGUGGCAGGGAGUCCUCCCCCGCCCAUUGGUACAAGUCCAGGGGGGUCGUGCGCGCCAGUAUGAAGGCUAGACAGAUGCUGACCUGGAUAUUUGGCAAAGAGGAUACUAAGUUCAAAAACUGUGAGAACUUAAAUGUCCUGUGAGUGGAAAGUGAAGGACCCGUGUUUGUGUAGACAUUGGACAAGUGACGCGGGUUUAUUAAUUUUUUUUUAACAAUUACCUAUAGUUUUAAUUACUGUAAGUAAACGGCUGACGCCAUGUUGUUUUUAUUAAGUCUUUUAAAUAUAUAUUUUAUAAACUAAAGUUAACUAAAGUUUUAAUGGUUUUAUUACAACAAAGGAGGAACAAUUUACUAACUUGAAAUUUUGUUUUACAAAAUGAUGUAUACUUUUCAUAGUAUUAAUAUUGAUAAUACUUUAUUCAGUUUACAAAAUGUUUCUGUAAUAUACAAGAUGUAUAUUUUGACUAAGUUGUAUAGGGUUAGGAUUAUUCCUAGUCCUAUUAAAAAUAUUAAAAGCUGUAUGACCACCGAUCUUUGCCUUUGGUUUGUAGAAAAAACAUUGGGUCUAUGGCGAAUGAGAUCAAUAAAGUGACUUAAAUUUUCAAAUUAGAAUAAUAAUAUUGUAAUGUUAACUUUAAUUUUACUGUUAUUAUCAACCCAUUUUCGGUUCACUGCUGAGCUCGAGUCUCCUCUCAGAAUGAGAGGGGUUAGGCCAAUAGUCCACCACGCUGACUCAAUGCGGAUUGGCUAACUUUACUAUGCAGAAUAUAAUUUCGUUUCAUGAAUUUCCAUAUUAUCAUAAUAUCUACCAGAGCGCGGGGAAUAUGAAACGAUCUGCGAAAACAAUAUGGCGUCGGUCGGGUAAUGUAUUUUUAAUGCCAAAGAAUAUUGUGUAAUUUAAAUAUUAGGUAUAACGUGCCAAUUUUCGGAAAAAAUUUAAUCAUCGUAUAGGUUAAUUAAUAUUUAAGUGAUAAAUACAGUAUUUUCCCCACUAAAUAUAUUAAAUAAUUAAAAUUGAUGAUAUAUCAGCAAUAUUAUGUAAUAAUUUAUAAAUAAAUAUGUGGUAAAUAUAUACAAUAUUUAGAUUAUUCUACUAAUAAAUUAUAAUAUAAUAAAACUCGAAUUAUGAGCACAAUGUUACUGGACCAUUUGAUGUUUAAUAAUCAUAUUAUUAUCGAUAAACUAAAUUAUAGUAAUUAAUAAAUAUUCAUGUAUCUCAUUUUGACGGCCUCCGUGGCGCAGUGGUAUGCGCGGUGGAUUUACAAGACGGAGGUCCUGGGUUCGAUCCCCGGCUGGGCAGAUUGAGAUUUUCUUAAUUUACUCUGUAUAGGUCUGGCUGGUGGGAGGCUUGGGCCGUGGCUAGUUACCACCCUACCGGCAAAGAAGUACCGCCAAGCGAUUUAGCGUUCCGGUACGAUGCUGUGUAGAAACCGAAAGGGGUGUGGAUUUUCAUCCUCCUCCUAACAAGUUAGCUCGCUUCCAUCUUAGACUGCAUCAUCACUUACCAUCAGGUGAGAUUGUAGUUAAGGGCUAACUUGUAAAGAAUAAAAAAAAAAACAGUAUAAAAUAUUCAUUUCAAGACAAUUUCCGACUUUAUUGUAAAAAAUAUCUGUAGGCAAAACUAACAUCUGAAUGCAAUGAUUUGAUUGUUAUUUUAUUCAAUCGCUAUGGGGGCCUAUUAUAAAUUAUAUUCUGUUGUAGGGGAUGAAACUUUUGGGCUAAAAUUAUACAUAAAUCCUAAUGUGCGACAAAUAAAAAAAUAAUAAAAACAUAGAAUCCUAAACACACAACACAGAAACCUACUCGCAAAUUUUCGUCAAUAUCAGCACGGCUAUUGUCAAACGAUGUUUUGUAUAACUCGCAAGUGCGAAUUUCGAAUUUACCGCUAUCUUUCUCAUUCUAUAGUAUCGUGUUAAACAGAGAGAGAAAUAUCGUUACAGAAUAGCUUAGCACCCCACGAGGGUUCACUCGCGUACUUUGUGUUCCCGUGAGAAUACGGGGACACAUUAUAGCCUAUGACUUUCACAAAUAACGUGACUUUCUAGUGGUAAAAGAUAUUUCAAAGUCGCUUCAGUAGAUCCAGAGAUUACCCCCUACAAUACCACAAACUUUGCCUCCAUAUAAUGUUAGUAUAGCUGUAUAUUUAGUAUAUUUUUAUUAUUAGGUAUACAAUUAACAUAAUACAUGUAUAUUAUUUAUAUAAACUGCGUGCACCUAAGGAUUUGAUGUUGUAUAAAAAUAAUAUAUAAGAAACUAUGUAACUCGAUGUUUUGUAUCUUUGUGAUUGUCCAUAUAUGUAUUGAAAUAUAUCAUUAUAAUUAAUUAAUAAAUAAAAAAAUGUAUUUUCGUGGACCUUAAAAUAGCACGUCUAAUUAUGAACAGUUUUGAUCCUUUUUAACCUAUCUACCAUAGACAAGCCAUAAAAAGUAUGAUAUUAUAAAAUAGCACAGUUUAGAAGUGUCAAGCAUUAUCAUCACCCACAAACCCAUAUUCUAGCAGCUGUGGUCUAAACUUAAGACCCACCGGGCUCGAAUAUUUGUUAGCGGGCGAUUAUUAUGUUUCACACUCCUACUCUUCCUCCGCCCUCCCUUCUUGUAGAGAAUGACCUUGGCACUCUCUACAAGACCUGCAUCAGUCCAAUAAUGAUCUAUUUUAGUCUAGUAUUUGCCCACCGCCCAAAGGCAACUCUAACUUCAGGUCCUUCAGAACCCAUUCAUGCAUCAGACCACGGGCGCUCCGUGGUUUGUACGCAAUAACGACUUGCAUAGAAACCUAGAUCUCCCCACAAUAGCCCAAUAUAUUCGCCCACCGCCCAAAAUCGACUCUAAAAAACUUCAGGUCCUUCAGAACCGAUUCAUGCAUCAGACCACGGGCGCUCCGUGGUUUGUACGCAAUAACGACUUGCAUAGAGACCUAGAUCUCCCCACAAUAGCCCAAUAUAUUUGCCCACCUCCCAAAAUCGACUCUAAAAAACUUCAGGUCCUUCAGAACCGAUUCAUGCAUCAGACCACGGGCGCUACGUGGUUUGUACGCAAUAACGACUUGCAUAGAGACCUAGAUCUCCCCACAAUAGCCCAAUAUAUUCGCCCACCGCCCAAAAUCGACUCUAAAAAACUUCAGGUCCUUCAGAACCGAUUCAUGCAUCAGACCACGGGCAGUCCGUGGUUUGUACGCAAUAACGACUUACAUAGAGACCUAGAUCUCCCCACAAUAGCCGAAUAUAUCAAACAGCUCUCGGUCACUUAUUUUGAGAGUGCCGCCACCCACCCCAACCAGAUAGUGGUUGAGGCUUGCAACUGCACCCCCAGUUUAUACAUCAAGCGGUUUUCGAGAUUUCGUGAUGAAUUAAUGACUUUUCGCAUUUAUAUAUUAAGAUGAGAGAAUUUGUUUCCCCUGAGCCUCAAAAAUCAUAUUGUAAUUCAAAACAAACAAAAGCUUUGACCGUCUCAAUCGCAAUUAUAUGCGAGCUAUAUUGUUAUCUCUAUUUAAAACAGUGCCUUUUAUAAAUAAUGUAUGUUAACCCUGCACGUACCUUUAUGCCAUUGCCUGUAGGCUUUUGCGUAGCGCGACACAUUAUGAGACGAGAGAAAGACAAAUAACGACCAAUAGCAGCUCAAUCAAAAACAUUUCAUUUAUCAUAUUGCAAGAAAAGAAACAGCGAUUUUUAUGUUUGGGGCCUAUUAGUAGAAGUCCCGUAUUCAAAACUACCUUCACCCAUCUAUAUGUCUAUCUGCCGUACGAGUAGAUUGCCUAAAAAUUUCCUGACCAAACUAUUUUUCACCAUCAUUAAUUAUCAUAUAAAUACACUCAUAUAUAACUCGGCAUAUAAAACACUUUUCAUCCAAUAAACAUAUGGGUGAAGGUCGAUUUUAAUACGAAUCUUAUACAAUAUUGGUCGACAUUUGACUUUUUCUCGUCUUGAAAUAUGUCAAAGGCCUACAGGGGACGCUUAGUUUUGGUGUAUUAAUAAAAUUAAUUAACGUUUAAACUAAUUAAUAAUUAAUAAAUAAGUGAUUAAUGUACUUUAUUAUAUAUCUCAGAUUAUCAUAGAUUUAUAUACAAACUAUGAGAUAGUACUUCAAUACUGUAUAGUUAUCCAAAUUAUAUUAAUUUAUAACUUCGUGUAUUAUUGUUAUAAUAGGUUAAUAUCUAUUAAAACAAAGUUAACAAGCUUUUAAAUAAAUGCUCUUGGACUAAGAACCUGGAUGGCUAGACCUUCGGAAUUUUAUUAACACGUUCGCUGCGGCACUGAUUUUUCUCUGCGUCACGAGGUUUUUUGACCUCGUAACUCUUGAAGAUGCUAGGCUUACGAGGUCAAUUGACCUCGUACCGCAUCGAACGUGUUAAAGGAGUAUGACAAUCUUUCAUUACUAUCAUCAAAUCAUUUUCAUCAUUAAAUACCCAUAUUCAGCUGUCCGUUGAGCACGGGUCUCCUCUAAGAAUGCGUUGCGCUAAUAGUCCACCACGCUGGCCCAUUCUUUAUAAAAUGCGGAAGGUCAAGCUAUUACAUGUUCUCGUUAUAUUUAUAAUAUGUUAAUCAACAUACAGGAUCAGAAUGUUUUAAGACUCCAUAUUUAUAAACAUGGAUUUAAAUUAAAACAUUAUUUUACUUCAAAGUAAAAUGCACCUUAUCAUUACAAAUUAAAAUUCACUUUACUUUGAAGUACAUUGAUGCUUAAAAUAAUAGUCCAUAUUCAUGUAAAUGUGGCUAUAUCGGUUAAAUUUAUUUUAUGAGUAAUGCGUUAAGUUAGGUUAGUGUCAUAUUGUCAUGUCAUGAUUCUGAGGUAUUGCAGUAAAAUGAUUAAUGUAUCAUGACGUCAUAACUAAGCAACAUUGGAGCAAUUUUAAUUGCCCGUGCAAGUUCUUUAGUUGUAUAAAUGAUGUUUUGUCUCUUCUCCCGACCGCUACUACAGUUUUGUAUACAAAAUAAAUUAUUGUAUCAUAUACGAGUAUGUAAUACCUAAAAAUAAAUAGUUAUGUAUUAUUUGAACGUAAAUAGGAUAGUGAAUGAAUAAGAUCGAUGCAUUUGCACAAUUGUAUUGACGUGUUAAAAUGUACAUAUCUUAUAAAAAACGGUUUGGGAUGUGAAGAUUUACUUAAAUUAACAUUUCUAAUAUGUAGUACUAGGUACUCAUCAAAUGAAAACAGAAGACAACUAGCGGAGACCUGCGUUUUCGUCCGCUUGAAAAACAAUGUUAAACUAAGUAAAGUAUUUCCUCUUAAAUUACUAUCUAAUGAUAAAAACCGCAUUAAAAUCUGUCGCGUAGUUUAAAAGUUAUAAGCGAACGAAUGGCGGAUAGCGAUUCUGUUCAAGAAGAAAGUUUAUGCUUUAUAAUAAAAAAUGUCACGAUAUUGCUCGAAUAUAUUGUAUUGCAAAAUACAUACAAAUAUGUCCUCAUUCGCACGUGAGUUAAGAAGCGAUACGUUAAAACCCAGCGUUUGCGUUUUUAUUAACGUUCCUAAUUUAUUCCAAUGCCCAAAAUUGAAAAUGGAACACUGCUCGUUAGAAAAGUCGUGUUUUAAAAACCCUGUCGUGUGAACAUAUACUUGGGUAUGCAUUUGUUGUAUUUGAACGCUUUUUUAACGUCCGUUAAAAAAAACCUCGUGCGAAUGAAUUCCUAUCAGAGUUUAAAGAGAUAGGUCACAACUCAGAGAAUUGUCACAAUACGGAGUCUUUAUCGCGGCAUCUUUAUACCGUGUCGUAAUUUCGAAAAGGAAAGCUACUGUUUCAUGAAUGCUUAAAGAUUAUCAAACAAAGAGUCCCGAAGGCGGCGAAGAUUAAAGCGAUAUAAUCAGAUUAAACGAAUUUCGUGCCCUGCUGUUUUCAAUUCGUGAAUUUCGCAAUUUACUUUGAAUUUCAUUUGUAAAGCUACGUUCACACUUUCAAAUUAGUUUGACUCACGUGAAACACGGCGUACUUACGAGUAUGUCAGAUUUGUAGAACUGUAUCUUAAUGUAGGUUAGGGUUAUUAACUGCCUCGUGAAUAGGGAUGAUGACUAGGUUUGAAUAUAUUGAUUUUUAUGAUACACUCGGGUAAAAUUUAUACAUAAAAAGCAAAGAUUGACUGGAUAUUUGCAAAAUAAAUAAGAUUAUAAAAUUUCAUAAUCUAUUAAAAAUCUUCUAUCGUUCAAUUUCGUACAGUUGAUAAUUCGUACAGUUUUAGCUUCCUUACAUUAAAUGUGACAUUUUUCAAUACAUAACUAAACAUAAACGCACAAAUAACAAAGAUAUUAGUAAUUUUGUUUGACCGCCCAUACAAAUCUAACGAUCAUUAUGGACCUACGACGUCAUUAGUUCGUGCCAUUUUGUAUGGGGCGAUUUUUAGGGAUGCGUGGCAGCGCCGCAAAUCUGACCCUUUAAAUCCCUGUAACUCCGAAAGUAAUGAUCGCAGAUACCCUGUUUCUUUUACAAAAUUGCUUUACUAUUAGUAUACUCCUAAUUUAUAUACAAUUUAAAAAACUGUCAUCAUCCCUAUUAGGUGCUAGAGAUAUUUGUAGCCAAAAACUAUUUUCAAUUUCCAAUUGCUCGCUGAGUUUACAUCAGUUCAAAUCCCCGUACAACCUUUGAAGAUAAUCUGUCUGAAGGUCUCGUAUCUCGCAAUUUGCAUAAACGCUUCAAAGAUAUUUCAAUUAGUCGACCUAACAGUAGGAACAUUAAUAGUGAUAUUUGUACAACGUAGGCGAUAGUUUGACGACAAUUGGCUCAUGUUUUGACAACUGUUACUUCUCUACUUCUGUAAAAUAAUAAUAUCUCAUUAAAAUCUAUUUGGACCACUUUUUAAUUUUAGAUGUAUCAUGACACGAUUAGUAAGAUAACAGACUAGGCAUGUGUAAGCUGAAGGUUUGUUAGGCUGUACAGUUAAAACUGCGCAGUUUUAACUGUACAGUCUUAUCUAAGCAAAAUUUCAACUAACACGUUCGCUGCGGCACUGAUUUUUCUUUACUUUACUCUGGUUCAUUACGAGGUUUUUUGACCUCGUAACUCUUGAAGAUGCUAAACUUACGAGGUCAAUUGACCUCGUACCGCAGCGAACGUGUUAAAAUAAUUAGAGAAAACUGUAUAUUUUAUACAAAUAUAUAUUUGUUUUUAUAAAUAAUAAGUAGUUUAUCUAUACGGCAAUGUCAACACUCUUCUUUGUAGUCUGUCGUCUGUACGACAAUCGCAGUUUGAUAGUGUGAACACAGUUUAAGUAUGAAAUUUUACACGUGAAUUCCACCAUUAUCUUCAUCUCGAACCGUUGAAAAAUUAAAUAAUAAAUAAUUAUUAAAUAUCAUUAUUUAAUAUUGUAAUGUAGUUAGUGUUUAUUGUAAAUAAACAGAUUGACAAUAAAUUUGAAUACUGUAUGUGA